UGCGGUCACACAUCUGCAUAAUUGACAUACUUUUUAUCAACAAUCAAUAAUGGUUUUCAACACAAUCUGAACUUUGGCAAUUAAGUGUAAUAUUUCGUGUUGAAUGCGUGCAAAAUUUGAAGUAUCCUUUUUACAUUUUCUGCAGUAAGUUUGAAAAUAGUUUUGGCGCAAAGCUAGAAGAAGAGCGGAAAAAACAACAGUGUUGACAACUCUGGCCCAACAGCUGGGCUCCUCAGCUGAUUAUUAGUGGAUUGUGGAAGCGAAUCCUUGACCAUGAAUCUAUUAUCCCGUUUACGGACUGUGGUACAAUAUGCCGUUACAUAUGCCUGCAUAACUCAUUGCACCUUUGAAUAUGUGGGAGAUCUGGUUCUGUGCAAAGGACCCUCUAUGGAGCCCACUUUGUUCUCGGAUAAUGUACUCUUAACCGAACGUUUAUCAAAAUAUUGGCGUAAUUAUAAGUCCGGUGAUAUUAUCAUUGCCGUCUCGCCGGUUAACGCCGGUCAGUUUAUAUGCAAGCGCAUUGUAGCCGUUUCUGGAGAAAAGGUUCUUACCCAAAAACCAAAUCCCAUUGAGACUGAAUUUCAGGUCAAGCCCAAGGAACGGUCCAUAUCAAAAGCAGUAGCAUUAGCGAAAGAGGAGAAACCAUCAAUGGUAACCGAUUAUGUGCCGCGUGGUCAUGUCUGGGUUGAAGGUGAUAACAAAGACAAUAGCUCCGAUUCACGUUAUUACGGACCAAUCCCGUUGGGUUUAGUCCGAAGUCGUGUGCUGUGUCGUAUUUGGCCGCUAUCAGCUCUAACUGGCCUGUGAGAAGGAGCCAAAAAACCAGAGUUAUGAUCUUAUCAUAAAUGUAUAUUAUUAUUACAUGCAUAAGUGUGUCCUUUGUCCUGUGUAGUUAUAGUUUAAUGCAAAAAUUAAUAUUUUUAUCCCGUUAA